AAAUACUUGUGAAGCCAGUGCGCGUGUGCUGUGAUUUUUCAACCUUUUUCCUCAGGUUUUGUUCUAUUAAAACCCUCGCCCUUCCUCUGUUUCCUCCCCAAGAACCCACCACAAAGAAGACAAACAAAAAACCAGCUCCUCUGUUUUUUCUCUGCUCUCUUUUCCUCUUCCUCUGUUCCCUCUUUCAAUCCCAACCCUUUUCCUCAAAUUCAUCGGUCUUUCAAGGGCUUGAACUGAAACUUGAAGAGAAACAAAAAUGACCAACCAAAAUGUGGUUGUUUCUGAUGCGAAAGGUGUGGCUGUUACAGUGGCUGUUACAGUGACUGUUGCGAACCAGUCCAUGUUCUCUUCCUCUGUGCCGAAGCCAAGGACUGCUGAGGCAGGAGGAGGUGGAGGCUGCUUCACCAUUCCCAGGAACAUUAAGCUUUUGAAGGUUGAGACAGAAGGUGGAGCUGCCAGAGUCAAUGCUUGGGUUGACUCUCUGAGAGCUUCUUCUCCACCUCGUGUGAAAUCUGCCACUGAAACUGUGGAUUAUAGCUCUUGGAAUCUUCAUCAUCCUUCAGCUAUGAGCAUGUUCGAGGAGAUAACAAAUUAUUCAAAGGGCAAGCAGAUUGUGCUCUUUCUUGACUAUGACGGGACCCUCUCCCCCAUUGUGGAAGACCCAGAUCGAGCUUUCAUGUCCAGAGAGAUGAGAAACGCUGUGAAGGCUGCUGCUAGAUACUUUCCUACAGCAAUAGUCAGCGGGAGGUGCAGAGACAAGGUUCAUAGCUUUGUGAAAUUAGGAGAGCUCUACUAUGCAGGCAGCCAUGGGAUGGACAUCAAAGGACCAUCCAAAAGUAGCAAAUAUAAGAAUGGUAAUCAAGCAGUUCUCUUCCAACCAGCCAGUGAGUUCGUACCAAUGAUUGAUGAGGUGUGCAAAAUUUUAGUGGAGAAAACCAGAUCCAUCUCAGGAGCAAGGGUGGAAAAUAAUAAGUUUUGCUUAUCUGUACACUUUCGUUGUGUUGAUGAGAAGAGUUGGGCUGCUUUAGCAGAGCAAGUCAGACUAGUGCUCAAUGAGUAUCCAAAGCUCAGGUUGACUCAGGGGAGAAAGGUAUUAGAGAUCAGGCCAACCAUCAAAUGGGACAAGGGCAAAGCUCUUGAAUUCUUGCUAGAGUCAUUAGGAUAUGCGAAUUCAAAUGAAGUGCUACCAGUCUAUAUUGGAGAUGAUCGAACAGAUGAGGAUGCCUUCAAGGUGCUACGCGAUAGAGGACAGGGGUUUGGAAUUCUGGUUUCUAAAGUUCCAAAAGAAACAAAUGCGUCCUAUUCUUUACAAGAACCAGCAGAGGUUAAGGACUUUUUGUGGCGUUUGGUGGAGUGGAAAAGAUUGUCCCAACAACAAAGAAACUAGACUCGUAGAGAGGUGGCUUGAAAUAGAGAAAAAAAAUUGAUUGAAACCCACCCUAAAAUUUUGUCAAGGGUGGCUGAAUUAUCUACUCUAAUUUCUUUUCCAGUGGUUAUCAAUUAUUGAACUCGAUCCCAUAAUUAAUUUUGGAAAUUGUAUAUAA